AUGGGUGGAACUCGUGAUAAGAAGGUUCAAUACUUUGCUAAGUUGAAGGAGCUCUUGACUGAGUACAAGUCGAUCUUCGUGGUCGGUGUUGACAAUGUCUCCUCCCAACAAAUGCACGAGAUUAGAAAGGCCUUGAGAGGUGACGCUACCGUGUUGAUGGGUAAGAACACCAUGGUCAGAAGAGCCAUCAGAGGUUUCUUGUCUGAGUUGCCAGAGUUUGAGAAGUUGUUGCCUUUCGUCAAGGGUAACGUCGGUUUCAUUUUCACCAACGCUGACUUGAAGACCAUCAGAGAGGUCGUCACUGCCAAUGUCGUUGCUGCCCCAGCCAGAGCUGGUGCCGUUGCUCCAAAGGAUGUCUACGUUCCAGCUGGUAACACCGGUAUGGAGCCAGGUAAGACCUCUUUCUUCCAGGCUUUGGGUGUCCCAACCAAGAUUGCCAGAGGUACCAUUGAGAUUGUCUCUGACGUCAAGGUCGUUGAGGCCGGUACCAAGGUUGGUCCUUCUGAGGCUUCCUUGUUGAACUUGUUGAACAUCUCUCCAUUCACCUAUGGUAUGACUGUUGUUCAAGUUUACGACAACGGUCAGGUGUUCCCAGCUUCCAUCUUGGACAUCACCGACGAUGAGUUGCUCAAGCACUUCGUGUCUGCUAUCAACACCAUCGCCUCCGUCUCUUUGGCUAUCGGUUACCCAACCUUGCCAUCUGUCGGUCACUCCGUUAUCAACCACUACAAGAACGUUUUGGCUGUUUCGCUUGCCACUGACUACACCUUCGAGGGCUCUGAGGCCAUCAAGGACAGAUUGGCCAACCCAGAGGCUUACGCUGCUGCUGCCCCAGCUGCUGCUGAGGCUGCUUCUGGCUCUGCUGCUGCCGAGGAGGAUGCUCCAGAGGAGGCUGACGAGUCUGACGAUGACAUGGGUUUCGGUUUGUUCGACUAA